AUGAAGCCCUCCCUCCUUCCCACCCUCCUCGCCAUCAGCGCCACCGCCUCGGCCUGGGAAGUCGGCUUCUGGGGCCCCAGCGGCAACUUCCAGCGAUCCGGCAACACCACCAACAGAUGCCUGACUACUCCCCCCAUCCGUAUCGGCCAAGUUACGUUCGAUGCUCGGACGGAUAAUGCCCCAGAUCCGACCAGAAUCAUCGUCUAUGCCAAUACGGACUGCCUGAGUGAUAUUCUUUACCAGGGCUGUCCGAGCAGGAUUAGGAGGCCGGCGCAAACGCCGGGGGUUGCGAGGGCUUUCAGGGUCCUGUGA